UUAACAUAUUAUGUCACUGGAAGGCGAGCGCAGAGGAAUACCAAACAAUACUUUGUAAUUCAAAUUGUUGCAGGGCAUUUCUACUUAUGGGCGGACGUAUCGCUUACCAUCAGGCGAACGGCAAGAUAGUCUUGUUAUACAAGGCAAUAAAAAGAAACAAUAAUAAUAUUGAGCAGCACCUGUUUUCAUAUUUCCAACUUACAGAUCAUUAUUACCAAAAGCGCAGUAACAUUAAACUAUAAAAUCUGGCAAAUAAGCCUUGCUAGCGCACUAAUAUAUUGAAUUAAACAUUUUAUUUCGUCGACGACCCACCAACUUGUGAUUUACAAACGCCGUAACAUUUUAUGGCGAUAUAAAAUUCUUUCUCGUUUGUUUUUAUCGUUUUCGCGGUCAAUUUUCGCAACACCCAACUUCGGCAACAAUACUUAUAAAUUGAAAAAUAUGUUCAAACUUUUAGCACUAAUGAUCUUCAUUUACUGUAGAUGUGAGGACGAAAUUACUUUGACAACAGCGACUCUACGUGAUAGUACCUCUGCGAAGCCAACGACGUUCUUUAGGAGAAUUAAUGUUGAAAGGAUUCAGCAGGGAUUUAGCACGCCAUUCGAUUUGCUGCAACUGGGGACCACUGAAGGAAGGAGAAGUCAGUCCAGCGUGUGGAAUUGGGAUUAUUACUGUCAACUCCAACCAAAACAAGGCAACUGCUCUAAGAAUUUGAUUAGAUAUUACUACGACACUCAACUAGACCAAUGUAUGACAUUUACAUAUACAGGAUGUGAUGGAAACAAAAAUAAUUUCGACACGCAAGUAAACUGUGAACGGCAUUGUAAAGGUGCCGCACACAUGCCGGUGAAUGACAUGGAGAGAAAUGAUUACUGCUAUUUGCAACCUCACUCGGGAGUGUGUUUGGCUUUUUAUACGUGGUAUUAUUAUGAUAUCAACCAAGAAACGUGCAAGACCUUUGUAUACGGUGGCUGCGGCGGUAACGCCAACCGAUUUGAUACAAUAAGGAAUUGUUUGCGUGAUUGUAGGAGACAUGAUGAUUCUGAUUCAAUAUAAGUUUUUAAUUAUUUGAA